CAUCUGACCGCCUCUAGUACACCGCCUGCUCUAGAUCACACCGCAUACCCUACUACUCCAUAUGCUCGCCCCUUUUACUACCAUCUAAUGCCCUACACCAUGCCACCAAGAAAAGAAUUAGAUCCUACAUCUCGUGCUCGCAUCUGUGAGCUUCAUACUACCUGCCAUUGGGGUGCUAAAUGUAUUCAUACAGUGCAUCCUGAGAUUCCACUAUCAACUAUCAAAUAUACCAUUGGAAUGGAACACCAACGUUGCAACAAUGCCUCCAUACCCUGUUCUGGUCAACCACACAAGCUUACUGAAGAGGAUCGAGAUUACUUGUAUGAUGUUAUCUCUACAAAUCCACAUAUAAAAUACCGAGAUCUGGUUGAUGAGGCUGAUAAUAAGGUUAAAAAGGAGUCAAUACGCAACCUCCUGAAUGAGAUGGGUCUCUGCAAAUGGCGUCAACUUUCUCAGCCAGCUUUAUGCCAUACCCAUGCUGCAAAAUGACUUGAAUGGGCUAGAAAAUAUGAGCAUUUCACUUCUGAGAAUUGGGCUAGAGUUUGUUGGUCAGAUGAAUGCUCUAUUGAGCGUGGAGUUGGAGCGAGAGCUACUUGGACCUUUAUUCAGCCAUCACAACAACUUAAAAGUUCAUGAUAUCCAUGAGAGGCCACAUGGGAAAGGUGUGAAAAAGAUGUUUUGGGCUGGAUUUGGUGAAGCUAGAAGAACUGGUUUGGUUCCUCUAGAUGGCAAUCCUGAAGCUCCUCAUGGAGGUGUUGACCAAUUUGUUAUUGAGGCAUUAUAUCAUGCUUUUCUUCCUGAAUUUGUCCGCCCAGGAGAUAUAUUUAUGCAAGAUAAUUCUCCCUUACACCAGGCCUAUCUGAUACAAGAUCUUUUGGAGGAACUAGGGAUUGAGGUAAUGGAUUGGCCGCCAUAUUCUCCAGACCUCAAUCCCAUUGAGAAUCUAUGGGCAUUGAUGAAGGCAAAAAUUUAUUGAGCUUUACCCUGAACUUAAAUGUGCCCCUAAUACUGUGGAAACUCUUGAGCAAUUAAUAAAAGCAGCCAAGGAGGCCUGGAAAGCUCUAGAUAGGGAGAUAUUAGUAAAGCUAUCGGAUACAAUGCCAAACCGUGUAAAGGCUGUCAUUGAGGCUGACGGAUGGUAUACUGAAUAUUGAUUUUAUUGAUUUCGGAGGGUUUGACCGGC